UGAAUAUUAACUGGAAAUGUCCGAAUGGAGCGACGAACGACGCCCAUACCGCAGGCAAAGGGAUGAUAAAAGCUACUCGGAUUUCAACAGUGCCAAAAACAAGGAACCGGUGUGUAAACAAAGAAAAGUAAAGAAAAAAUGCUUGUUGAACGAUAAAUACGCUGAUACAGAGUGCGUCAAAUCCAAGAGAAAUACUAAAAUUCAGAAAAAUUCAUGUCCGUGCGGUACAAAAGAAGCAUGCUGUUCAUCAUUCGAACCAGAUGAAUCACCCGUGAAAAAUGGUAAGAGUAAAAAGGUGAGACUAAAUGCUGAAACAACAAACUGUGAAUCGUCGUCAUUCUGUGAUACCUACGCAAGAAUCUAUGAUAAAGCAACAGCCACGAAAAAAAAAUUAAAGUGCAGAAUAAAUGACGCGAUCUCAAUAGAACGAUUAAGUUUGAAAUCGUCCGAUUCGGAAGACAAUCUUUUCUGUUGCUUAUAUAAACGAUCCAAAGGUCAAUUACAACAGCUUAUAAAAAACAUAAAAAAGAAAGCUUGCCAAAAGCCCAGUGAGAAUUGUCCAAGAAGUGCUUCUAGUUACUCGAACUCGUCCAGUAGAAUGGGUACCUCAACUUCGUCUCAAAUGGACGAUGACGACAGUGAGAAAAUAUCUUUUGCUAGAAAUUCUGACAGUGAUAGUCUGGAUGGAUAUCCCAACACAAUGGACAAAGAAGACAUCAGAAAAAUUGAGAGAGCUUUACGACGACCUCUCUCACGCGUUCUUGAUGCUGCAGACAAUCCAGUCCCUAUAAAACUGGACUAUUUUGCUCCAAUUGAUAAUAAUCCCACGAAUAUUUGCCACAUCAAACCUGCUUCCUUAAAAGCCAUGUCACAAAUGCAUAUAACAGAAAAAAAACUGGAAGAGUUUCGGCGAAAUGACUGCGAUGUAUCAACUGAUUGGGAAUUGGUAUUUUCUUCUAUAAAAGGCUACUAUCAGAAUAAAAUGGGCAAUUCAUGUGAAUCUGAGAAAUUAGAACUGAACGACGUCUUACAAGAACUUGCUAACGACAAACAGUUUCCACAUGAUUCUGUUACAGAAAUUGGAAUUCAAGCUUCCGAAGUUCACUCCGUAGAAAACGUGUCUCAAAAACCUUCACAUACAGACGUUGGUGAUGACAAUACGAUCCCAUUUAAAGAUGAUGUUUAUCAAAACGGUUCGUACAAAAAAAUAUGUGACAACAUUAUCUCGUGCAAAGAAGCUCACUCCGUAGAAGACGUGUGUCAAAAACCUUCACAUACAGACUUUUGUGAUGACAAUACGAUCACAUUUAAAGAAGAUGUUUAUCAAAAAGGUUCGUACAAAAAAGUAUGUGACAACAUUGUCUCGUUCAAAGAAGAUAUGUCAUGUCGAAAACGUGCAAGGAGAAACCCAAGAACGUAUUCUAACCCUGUAUGCCCCAAAAAUAUCGAAGCAAAUCCUUCCUUUCUCCGAAACUGUGAAAAAAAUGACCUCUCUCACAUGAAAAAUGAGGAAAUUAUAGAACAGAUGUCUUUGAAUCAGAGCGCUCCGAUGCCAACUUCUAUUUCUGAGAUCCCAACGACACUUGAACCAGAAAUUAGCGAAACUUAUAUCCCAAAAAGUGCAUCAUUUAAUUUCCCUACUUGUGGUGGAGAAUCUAAUAACAUACUAUCAUUCUCCACUUUAGCCGGCUUAUCCCUGUGUUGUAUCCUCUAUACAGGUUCCUAUUGUUGCUUUUCUUUCUGCAUUUCCGCCGUUGCAUUCAUUGUGCUCGGUUUAUUUGCCGCAAUUGGAACAUGGAUUUCAUACCAAAUAAGCCAAGACCGAUGUAUCAAUCCCACCGAGAAGCUGUACAACAAGCUGUUCGUUUUGGAAAUGUCCGUUGCCAUUCAAAGCGUCACCAUAGAGAUGUGGUACAAAUGCUUGCGAUUUGAUAAAAUCGUCACUUAUGUUUGUCUGGCACCGUGUCUUAUACCCGUAUUCAUUUACGUUGAACAAGAAAAUGAAUCGAUACUUACUAUAUUGGAGAAAUCGGUUGCAAUUUCAGUGUUGUUAUUUGUAAUGGUCUCAAUAUUGGAUAGGAAUUUCUAUGGGAUUGUCGCGGCAAUAGCGUACGCAUUAUCUUUUAAGAAUAUCAAAAAAAUAGACGGGAGUUUGACGUUAUCGUCUCAAGGUAUCAGCAAUUGGUGGUGCUGCUUUUUUACCAUUUGUGCAUUUCAGGCACUUCAGCUUUAAGAUGCUACUUCAAACUUUAAAAAUUAUUAAUCCUAAUUGAUGUUCUUUGAAUUAAUUCUUUACUUCAUCAGUACACAUUUCAAAUGAA